UGAUAACAGUCCAUCGUAAUAAAGAACUGAUUCGAGUAGAAAAUGACAACAUUUAUUUAAUUUUACCAGCAUGGUGCACCGUUCUGAUUAAUGCCAAUACGAUGAAUUUAUGGCAAUGUCUCUAUUUAUUUGCACUGUUGCCAAUGUGCUGCGGAAAAGUGACAUUUAAAUCAGUGAAACAGUUUAUAGACAGUCAAAUCGAACAACUGGGUAAAAAUGGAGAAAAGUGUUUGUUAAAAAAACUGAGUAGAAAAAAUAUAGAUCGUCAUCGACUGAAAUAUCUAAUGACAGAAAAUGUACAGGUAGAGAUGUGUCAUAUCAACUAUUUAAUAGAUAAUGAAAGAGAUGGCGUUGUGUGGUCGUCACUCGCUGAUAUUUAUUCCACCAGAGGAAAGAAGUUUACAGCACAAGCUAACUUCUGCUUCAAACAAGCUUUACAGAUUACAGGAAAACACACACCAUUUAUCCAAGACUGGUAUUUUCUUGGUCCUUUUGGAAUUGGUAAAACUGAAUUUGAUGGGGAUCCUGUGGAAUCGUACGGUGGCAUUAGAAACGCUUCGGUUUACAGAUAUACGAAGAAUGAUUAUUAUUCAGAGUUAAUGCCCCUUGCUGUCGUCAGAUGGUUUUCAAUUACGCAAAGCAGUGCCAAUGAAGCUAUCCGUGUUGCUCCAAAUGUUCCGUGGAAUGAUUUAGUUAAUACAUUAGGGUCUUUAGGUAUAACAGAAUUUCAGGGGUGGUUGGUUGGUGAUUUUGCUGUUAAUGCUGAAGACAAUUUUGUAUUUCAAUGUUUAAAUGCUGUCACAUUUUAUAUUGACGACAUUCCAUUAACUGGAGAUGUGUAUCAAAGACGUCAGUAUUGGUUCGGUACCCCGUUAGAUCGCGGAAUACACACAAUUUAUGUUCCAGUUCGAAACAAAAUAUCGGCCAACAUUCGUUGCUCAUUUCAAAUUGCUCCUAAAAAUUUCCAAGUUUCGGAACCUCCGUUUCUUCCUGAUCUGUAUGACGGUUAUUUAUUUGGAAAUUAUAUCCACAUUCCCGUUUCUAAUUUACAUUCUACAAAAUGGCUGAAAAAUAUCAGAUUCUCCGCAGCGUACCAGUCACAAGGGGAGACAAUUCAGGUUAAAGCUGUGAAUAAUAAUUAUUCAAUUGCUCCAGGUCAAAGUCGACCAAUUAUAGUUAAGCUAACAUCAGAAAAAAAAGUUUUAUCCCAGUGCACAGAAAGUAGCGUUGAUUUAAAAUUGAAGAUAUCUACGUCAGAGGGCGCAGAUGAAAUAACUGUCAGUCUGCGUUGUCGGAAUCUUCAACAGUCUGUUGUAUUUACGUUUUUGGAUCAUGAUGGAUCUGUGCAGCAUGCAGCAGCCAUUAAGCCGAUCUCGUCAUGUCUUGGAUCCGUCUGUCCGGUUAUGAUAACGUUCCAUGGUACAACAGUUCCACCACAGAAUCAAGCCGAUAGUUAUAAACACAUGGUCAAUGGAGAGUUUGUAUUUGGCGUGGAGAAUAUGUGGUUACUCGCUCCUACUAGGCAUGGGGCACAUAAUUGGGAAGGUCCUGGACUUCUAACCGCUUUAACUGCUCUCGAAGCUUUAAAACAGAUGAUAGAGAGAGCUGAUUGGUUGGAUUAUAACUCAGUUGAUACUCAACAGUUAAUGGUUGCAGGUCAUUCUAUGGGAGGUCAUGGAGCGUGGCAUCUAGCUACCCACUACCCCGAUCGACUGAUGGCCCUCGUUAGUUUGGCUGGUUGGAUUAAAAAGGAAGAAUAUGGAGACAGUAAUUUAUUUUUUAAACAUGACAUAUCUACAAGUUAUACCGAUUCUGUCGUUAAAUCUAUCAUGGAGUCGUGUAUCGCAGAAAAUGAUGCAGAUAGACAUAUUACUAACCUGCAGGAAAUACCUGUUUAUGCGAGGAUAGGAGCGGAUGAUAGAACAGUUCAUCCUUACUAUGUACGUAGAAUGGUUCGAUUAUUGAAUCAGGGGAAAGUAAAAGUAGAGUACAGUGAAUUAACAGGAAAAGAACAUUGGUGGUGGGAUACUAGUAAAACUAAUGAUGGUGGUGCUGUCAAUGAUGAAUCAAUCAGGAAUUUUGUAGCAAAACAUUCCACAACAUCAGCUGAUGCUGAUCAACAAUCAUGCUCAAAGGAUGGAGAUUGUGCCAAAUCUAAGAAAACCCCUGAUUCUAAAUAUAGUAACAAUGAUGACACAUCCCGGGAGUUUACGUUGACAACUGUUAAUCCAGCUUUAGGGGAGGGGCUGAAAGGAAUUAGAAUCUUACAGCAAAUCUUACCCUAUAGAACUAGUCAAAUUCAUAUUUCAUUAGGUAAAGAGAAGAUAACUCUAACUACAGAGAAUGUAGUCAGGUUUAGUAUAGGAGAAUCAACCAAUAGAAGAAUAGAUUGGAAUAGUAAACAAAUACAGGUUGACAACACAAAAUUUUUUGCUGAGGAAAUAAAAAAUAUUCUACUAACUGAUUCUGGUCAUUUUCAUCUUGUUAAAGGUCGAGAAUGGAAGAUUUCUAAUGAUGAUAUUUAUUCUAUUGCUGAACGAGGUCCUGAAAAUCUGGGUCCUGCCAGACGAGUUGCUGAAAGGGAAUUCCUCAUUAUAGUUGGUACAAAGGGUGAUUCGGAGAUGAAGAAUGUUUUAUUAUCCAGUGCUGUAUAUAUAGCUAAUUUAUUUUACCUGGCAUCCGAUACAAUCGUUAAUAUAGUCUUAGAUACUGAUAUCUCUCUACAACAAAUAGAAAAGAAGAAUGCAAUAAUAUUAGGAAACUCCAAAGAAAAUUCUUAUACUGAAGACUUUUUAUCAAAAAUUCCUUUAAAAAUAAAAAAAGAUGAUAUUAUAUUAGACAAUUGUGUUUAUGGCAGCCAUACUAGAACAGGGGUGAUAACUCUAGCACCUAACAAUAAGAAGAACAUUGUUUUAAUAAUAUUUGGAAAUUCUAAAGAAGGAUUGUUAGAUGCUGUUUCAUUGGCUAAACCAACCAUUCCUCCGAUGACACGUUCUCCGUUUUCUAAUCUACUACCCGACUAUGUCAUAACGGGACCAGAAUUCCGAUUAAAAGGUCCAGGGGGCUUCCAGUGUCUCGGUUUCUGGAAUAAUCAGUGGAAAUAUCAACAAGAACUUUCAUCGUGUAUUUGUGGUUAAUGUAAAAUGAACCUAGAAAUUUGAUAUUGUAACUGGACUAUGGCCCUGAUUGUUGUGAGCCUUUGUUGAUGCAUUUUAUCAUUUUAUCAUUUUUUACAACGAGAGAUGUCAUUCUGCAGACUACUGCCAUCAAGACCAGUAACAUUGCUUCUUUCUUGUAUUCAGUGCUUGUUUUAUUGUUUUCUGUUUUUGGUAAAGGAUUCAUUCCCUAACUUUUAUUUAAUACAUUCAUAUUUUUUUCAAAUACAUUAUGGGAGAUUAGAUAAAAAGUUGGCAGUUCUCACUAUAAUAGUUAAAAACUAGAUAAUGUAAAGGGAAUUUGCUGAAAAUUUCAGUCAAAUUGAUUCACUGUGAACCAAGAACAAAGCGAUUGAAUUUCCGCCUAGCCUUGAUCAUCAUUACUAAAGUUAGUACGAUAAACAGCAUAGUCUCGAUUAUCCAUUUUUUUUUAUUUAAUCAUCAAUGAGCAUUGGGCAGCAGAUCUGAUUCAAAUCCAGUAAAUAUAGCAGGCUAGAGAUGACAUCUAGAGUUGAUUAUGGUUUGGAAAAGUUAAUUAAUGUCUAAUUAAUAAUUUAGGUAACACUUCAGGCCUAAAGAAAGACUUGCAAUAGGCAGAUUUAGCUCGUGCAUAAUGUAUGCUUAAUGUUUUAGCUUUUUGCCUCAUUUAACUGAAUAGAUUAUAAGCUAUGAUUUUGUUUUCAAUAUGCUGAUUUUAAGAUAUCAUGUCAAUAUACAGCCAAUCAUGACACAUACUAGAAAUAUAAAUUGGCUUGUACAGUACAGUGGUAUUUACGGCUCACUCUAGUUUCCAUACAUUGCAAGGUAUAUACCUGUUUCGCUCACAGCACACUGCAAGGUGGUUGACCGUUUCCCUCACAGCACACUGCUUGGUACAUACCUGUUUCCCUCACAGCACACUACAAGGUAUAUACCUGUUUCCCUCACAGGACACUACAAGGUAUAUACCUGUUUCCCUCACAGCACACUACAAGGUAUAUACCUGUUUCCCUCACAGGACACUACAAGGUAUAUACCUGUUUCCCUCACAGCACACUACAAGGUAUAUACCUGUUUCUCUCACAGCACACUGCAUGAUGUAUACCUGUUUCUCUCACAGCACACUGCAUGAUGUAUGCCUGUUUUUAUUUGAGUCUUUUAAGAGAAGAAUAUGAAAAUCAUCCAGUGUAUGUAUCUGUUGUGGUGUACGCCUUUUAUUUUUAUGAUGUAAAUAUUACUGUGAAAAGAUGUGCAAUAUUACACAUGAAAUAUAGUUUUAUCUGUA